AUGAGGCACUCUCCUAUUUUAAUACUAUUAUUCUCUAUAUAUUUUCUUACUUUGUUUCUUUCUCUUGAAGCUAGACACCAUUCCCAUACAAAACACAAACACUACUCACAUUCUCAUAAUCCACCAUCUGAAAUUUCAAUACCUCCUUCUCCACUACCUUCACCAUAUACUAGUGCUCCUCCUCCAUAUACUAGUGCUCCUCCUCCACUACCUUCACCAUAUACUAGUGCUCCCCCUCCAUAUACUAGUGCUCCUCCUCCACUACCUUCACCAUAUACUAGUGCUCCUCCUCCAUAUACUAGUGCUCCUCCUCCACUACCUUCACCAUAUACUAGUGCUCCUCCUCCAUAUACUAGUGCUCCUCCUCCACUACCUUCACCAUAUACUAGUCCUCCUCCUCCAUAUACUAGUGCUCCUCCUCCACUACCUUCAACAUAUACUAGUCCUCCUCCUCCUCCUCCUCUGGAAGAACCUCCUAGUCCUCCCCCUACUAGUGAUCAUAAUAAUUGCCAAAAUGUAUCUGGUGUAUUCGAUGUACGAACAUUUGGUGCUAUUGGAGAUGGAAUAACCGAUGAUACCGAGUCUUUUAAAAUGGCUUGGGACACUGCUUGUCAAAGUGAAUUACCACUUAAUUUUAUCAUUGUUCCUAGUGGUUUCUCUUUCAUUGUUCAAUCUACUAUUUUCACAGGUCCUUGUCAAGGUGGCUUAGUAUUAAAGGUUGAUGGCACUCUUAUGACACCUGAUGGACCAGAAUCCUGGCCAAAAAACAACAGUAGACGUCAAUGGUUAGUCUUUUAUAGAAUCAACGGUAUGUCACUUGAAGGAAGUGGUACAAUUGAUGGCAGAGGACAAAAAUGGUGGGAUCUUCCUUGUAAGCCUCACAAGGGGCCUAAUGGAACAACAUUACCAGGACCUUGUGACAGCCCAGUGGCUAUAAGGUUUUUCUUGAGUUCGAACUUGACUGUAAAAGGACUUAGGAUAAAAAACAGCCCUCAAUUCCAUUUCAGAUUUGAUGGCUGCCAAACUGUUUAUGUGGAAUCAAUUAUCAUAACAGCUCCAGCUUUAAGCCCCAACACUGAUGGAAUACACAUAGAAAAUACUAAUGAUGUCAAAAUAUAUAACUCUAUUGUUUCCAAUGGUGAUGAUUGUGUUUCCAUUGGAACUGGUUGCUUUGAUGUUGAUAUUAAAAACAUUACAUGUGGACCAGGUCAUGGGAUAAGCAUUGGAAGUUUGGGAAACCACAACUCAAAAGCAUGUGUAUCAAACAUAACAGUAAGAGAAUCAACCAUAAAAAUGUCAGAUAACGGGGUAAGAAUCAAGACAUGGCAAGGUGGAUCAGGAUCAGUAUCAGGAGUAACAUUUAAGAACAUUCACAUGGACACAGUAAAAAAUCCACUUAUAAUUGAUCAAUUUUACUGUCUCAGUAAUGAUUGCAGCAACAAAACCUCUGCAGUUUUUGUAUCAGAUAUAGUUUACACAAGCAUAAAAGGAACUUAUGAUAUCAAACAUCCUCCUAUUCAUUUUGCGUGCAGCGACUCCGUCCCUUGCACAAACUUGACUCUCUCUGAUGUUGAGCUUCUUCCAUCUCAAGGAGAUAUAUUAAGUGAUGCUUUUUGUUGGAAUGCUUAUGGAAAUUCAGAGACAUUAACUAUUCCUCCAGUUUUUUGCUUGCUGGAUGGUAUUCCUCAGUCUAUUUCAGAUAAUGAUAUUGGUCAAUGUAGAUGA